UAGGUCAAACUCCAUUCACGGUAGCAAUACAGUCCUAACAUACUGCAUACUACAAACCACAUCUCGACCAAUCCCCGCACCACUCCUCCUGGAGUCUACCAGAGCUAAAGCAGUCGAGUGGCGGGAGUUACUACGCAGAAUCUCACCGAAGAUCUGGAACCUCUACCUCACAAUCAAGGAGCGAGCUCGAAGAAAUCACUGGUUUAUACUAGCUCGUAAUCAGGAUAUUGGAUAUUGAAGUUCUAAAACAACAAUUUGGUUCGACAUUUUAAAUGUGGUAGUGGGAUAUCGCGAAAAAGACACACUUUCCAGAGCUAUGUCAUUUAAUAUUGAAUACGCUAGAGAGCUCCGAGCAAUCUUCAAAAUUCUGGAAAUUUGCAUGGGACUGGCUCUAAUUGUUUCCAUUGCGGUAGUGGGUCACUAUCGAAUCACCCCAGUAGGCGGUUGGUUACUAUUUGUUACAACAGUCACAACGGCCACAUCAAUAUUCUUCUUUUUCCUUCACCUCUCUGGACUUAUUUCCAAGUGUUCCGGUCCAAUUACACUGAUUGAACUCAUUUGUAUUUUCGUCUGUUUCACGCUUGAUUUGGUUGCAAUGAUUGUAACAGCAGCUACUACUCAUGAAUCUGGAGCUGCAAUCGCUUCUGCUAUUUUAUUUGCAGUAGGCUUUGUAUUCUAUGGCAUAGAUGCAUUCAUUCUAUUUUCGUACUAUCGACAAAAUGGGGGUUAUGUAAAUGAUCCUAAAACAAAGCAGCGACCCAAUGUGAUGCCUAAAACUAAUCAGACAAUACCAACGAUAAUGAUUUCAGCAGCAGACACGACUUCCACAGAACUUACACCGACAACAACUACGACGACAAUGUCAAUGAAUGCGACGGCAACGCCAAAUCCAACCUCUGCAUAUUCUAAUAAUGCUUUUGAAAAAGAAUAAUUGGAAAACUCAAAAGAACCAAUAAUUUACUAUUCCUUGGAAUAAUUUGUCUUUCAAUUCAUCUACCCACGGUUUAUUAUGGCAGUAUGGGAACCCUGUUUGUUUUUUAUACAUGGACUUUCCUUCCUCUCUAACUCUAAUUCAGCAUCAUAGAAGAACAUAUUUUCUUACUAUUUCUAGCAUCUUAACUAAUUUAACAUCUACUGAAGCAUACUGACAGUUCACUUAUUUUUUACUGAUAUGCUAUGAAAUUAUAUCAAUUUUUAUUGUGAUAUGCAUUUUGUUUUUUCUAAUCAUGUCAAAAAUCCUGCUUAAUUCACCAGAUACCAUUUGUAUGGGGUUUAAUUUUUAUAAUAAUAAUGAAACACUAUAACUAAUCAUUGUUACCAUUCCAAAUGUUCACGCAGUAUUAACAACAGUGGUAAACAACUUCAUACUGAAGAUGUUGUCUAGUAGGACAAUGAAACCUUUGCUAUUAAAUAACUCAUCUCAGGGAAUGCAACCACAUCACAAAAA